CUGUCCUCUCUUUAGACAUCGUCAUGGAAACUCUGAAACUGUCCAUCGUGGCCCUGUGUCUGCUGGAGGUUUUGGGUUCAACCACCGCCAAAGUUGAGGAGGAGAACCCAGAGUUCUGGAGGGUCCAGGGUGCCAAGGCUUUGCAGGCGGCGCUGAACAGGAAAUUGAACACCAAUGUGGCCAAAAACAUCAUGCUCUUCCUGGGUGACGGUAUGGGCAUUACCACCAUCACAGCAGCUCGAAUCCUCAAGGGCCAGAUGCACAACCAGUCUGGAGAGGAGACAGUGAUGACCAUGGACACUUUCCCCCAUGCGGGCCUCCUCAAGACGUACAGUGUUGACUUCCAGAUCCCUGACAGUUCAUCCACAGCCACAGCCUACCUCUGUGGUGUUAAGACCAACCUGAACACGGUCGGGGUGAACGCUGCUGCACGCAACGGAAUCUGCAAGACCCAGAAGGGCAACGAGGUCACCUCCAUUCUCAAGUGGGCCAAAGAUGCUGGUAAAUCCGUUGGCAUCGUCACGACAACGCGGGUCCAGCAUGCCACUCCUGCCGCAACCUAUGCCCACAGUGCCAGCAGGAAGUGGUACAGCGAUGCAGACGUGCCCGCCUCCGCCAAGAAAGAAGGAUGCACAGACAUCGCCUCUCAGCUCCUCAACAACACUGACAUUGAUGUGAUCAUCGGCGGGGGGAGGAAGUACAUGACCCCUAAGGGCACCUGGGACCCAGAGUACCCCCGAGACAUGGCCUCCAGUGGCAAGAGACAGGACGGACGCCACCUCAUCUCUGAGUGGCAGAAGAUGAAAGUCGGAAAGGUGGCUCGUUACGUGUGGAACAGGACUGACUUUGACGCUGUGGACCCUGACACCACUGACUACCUUAUGGCCCUGUUUGAGCCUGGUGACCUGCGCUUCGACGUGGAGAGAGACCCCACCAUGGACCCGUCCAUCGCUGAGACCACAGAAAAGGCCAUCCGCAUCCUCAGCAAAAACCCCAAGGGAUUCUUCCUCCUGGUUGAAGGUGGGCGUAUCGACCAGGGCCACCAUGCCAGCAGAGCCUCCAUGGCGUUGCACGAGACGGUUGCCUUUGACAACGCUGUCGCCAAGGGCCUGGAGCUGACCAAUGAGGAGGAGACUCUCACCCUGGUGACAGCUGACCACUCCCACGCCUUCACCUUCAACGGAUACCCCUUCAGAGGGCAAAGCAUUCUGGGGAAAUCUCCUCUGUAUGGGAAGGAUAUGCUGCCUUACACAACCCUGAUGUACGGAAACGGCCCUGGAUACAAAGUCGUAGACAACAAGCGUCCUGACAUCCGUAAAGUGGACACAAAGUCGAAGGACUACGUGCAGCUGUCUGCGGUGCCCCUGGACACUGAGACCCAUGGUGGGGAGGAUGUGGCGGUGCUGGCCCGCGGCCCCAUGGCCCACCUCUUCCAUGGGGUCCAGGAGCAGAGUUACCUUGCCCACGCCAUGGCCUACGCUGGCUGUGUGGGACGGGACCUCAGGCACUGUGAAGGUAGACCUCAACACACCAACACCAAGAGGAUCCUUGUCACUACUACUGAUGAUGAUAGGAACAGUGCACCAUCCCAGGUAUCCUCCAUCUCUCUGGUCACUGCCCUACUGGCUGCCCUGCUGCACUGAGAGACUGGUGGAGAAGAGGGAGGGAGGGAGAGAAAGCGAGAAUGAAAGAGAUCCAUCUGUUUUGCUACUCCUCUUAAACAAAGAAAUGUGCUCUGCACCAAAAUGAUUUUGUCAAAUUAUGUAAAUUAUGAGAAUACUCUAAUUUGUAUAUGUUUAUAUUUAAAUAAAUUAUAUAUUUGCUGCUAAUGAAAAGUAUAUGGACUAGAAGAUGAGCAUUCUGCCAACUUUGUCUUCAUUUCAGCUCUGAGUCAAUAAUAACACAUUGGUUAGUCAGAGAAAAGUGCUGUAGGCCUAUUUAGUGGUGUGAGGAAACCAUAGAAGGAUUAGGAUUGGGGAAUGACUAGUUCCCUCCUGGCGGCCAAAGCCGUUUGAUCUCCUAUUCUAAUUUCUACGUCGCUAAUUGAGGGUCGAGGGCGGCAAGUGUUUGAUGACAUUACUACAGCAGGUCAUUAAUAAUGCACAAUAUUUUAAGAUCCCAUAUUUCUGUCCCAUAAUGACAGAUUGUUGUAAUUAUUGUGUACAGCUGUUGCAGAGUUGAGCUAUUACGAGUGACAUGACCCUCUAAUUUUUAAAGCAUCAGGUCAUCGUUCCCUUUCUAGACACCCUUCCAACUACUGUCAUUGUAUUUAUGUGUAAUUGUAUAAUCCACCAUCCGCGUAGGCUACUUGUCGAGCAAAUAAGAGGACCACAAUGGAAAUAAAUCUGUAGACUACU